AUGUCCACCAAAUCCACCCCAACCCUCACCCUAACCGGUGCGCGCCUCGCCCUCGCAGCCGCCGAAAAGCGCGCACUCGAAAUCGGAAUCCCUAUGAAUAUCGCCAUCGUAGACGCGUCGUGCCACCUCCUCGCCUUUGCGCGCAUGGAAGGCGCAAAAAUAACGUCCAUCAACACGGCCAUCGACAAGGCCUUUACCGCGGCAGGACACCGCGUGCCAACGUCGGUUUACAAAGAGAAUGUGUGGCCGGGCGGACCUGCGUACGGCAUUAACCACAGUAACGGGGGCCGCUUUAUGACGAUUGGCGGGGGUGUGCCGAUUAUGGAGGGGGGCGUUGUUGUGGGCGCGAUUGGGUGUAGUACGGGGUUGCCGAGUCAGGAUGAGGAUGUUGCGAAGAGGGGGGUUGAGGCUGUGGAGAAGGGGUUUGGGAGGGCGAAGUUGUGA